AUUCCAUGGAGGUAGGUCUAGGUGUUAAUUCUUACGAAGAGAGAAGCAAUGUCAAUGACGAGAAUGCAAGUGUCAUUUGAAUUGUCUUAGAAGAGUCAUGACAGUUGGAGAAAGACGAGUGGACAAAGUUAAACCACCUUUUGGGAAGAUGCUUAGUUGCAGACAAUAAACGUUAAGGAGCAGAUAGCUCAACAUGAGAGGACUAGUGUGGAGCAGAUCAGGACUUGCUUGGAGAGCAGUAGCGCUUUCCUCAUCUUAUCCUGUGGAAAAUCCUCUGAAAAUCUUUCCCAAAUCAGUCCUUCGAAGAUGUGCCAGCCAGUCGGCAGUAUCAAACGGAGGUCCCGAAAGGCAGAAGCUGUUGAUAUUGGGGACUGGGUGGAGCAGCUACAGUGUGCUCAAGACCAUAGACAAGGAGCAGUUUGAUGUCAUCGUUGUCAGUCCUCGCAACCACUUCCUCUUUACGCCACUGCUGGCGAGUACGACGGUUGGCACUCUUGAAUUCAGGAGCAUCAUUGAACCAGUGAGGAACACCGGCUUCAGGAAAACUGAUCACUUUCAUUUGAGCGAAGCUGUUGGUCUGGACGUUGACAAGAAGGAGUUGCAUUGUCAGAGCGUGAUUAAACCAGACAUGACGUACGCCCUCAGUUAUGAUAAGCUGGUCAUUGGGGUCGGUGCUGUCAGUAAUACCUUUGGCGUCCCGGGGGUGACAGAACAUGCUUUCUUCCUCAAGGAGAUACGCGAUGCCCGUGCCAUCAGAAAUCGCAUCCUUAACAACUUUGAGUAUGCUCUGCAUCCCAGCAUCUCGCAAGAAGAUCGGGAGAAAUUGCUCCACAUUGUCAUCGUGGGCGGGGGACCGACCGGGGUGGAAUUUGGGGCGGAGCUGUAUGAUUUUGUCAGGGAGGAUGUUUCCCGUCUCUACAAGGAGGAGCGAGCCCUGAUCCGCGUCUCCCUCAUCGAGGGUCGACAGAUCCUGUCCUCCUUCACCCCAAAACAGCAAGAGUAUGCCACGGCCAAGAUACGCAGCAGGGGGCAGAUGGAGCUGAUCACCGCCAACGUGACGGAAGUCAGAGCGGAUGGGGUCACCCUCAGCGACGGCAGGAACCUCCCCAGUGAGCUUGUGGUUUGGUCCACGGGACUCUACCCAAGGCCCUUUGUGAAGCAGCUUCCAUUUGCCAAGAAUCAACAAGGCCAGCUUCUUACCGAUGAGCACUUGAGGGUCCUGGAUGACCACAGCGGCAGCAUCUAUGCCAUCGGUGACUGCGCUGACAUACAGAACCUCAGCCUGCCCUGUACAGCACAGGUUGCAGAGAGACAAGGCAGGUAUGUGGCUCAGUCCCUCGGCAAGAACUCAGGGGAGGAUUGCCCUCCGUUCCAGUACCAGAAUAUGGGUAUGCUGGCCUAUGUAGGAAACUACAAGGGGCUGACUAACACACCGGUCCUCAAGAAUCAAGGGUUCUACUCCUGGCUGCUGUGGCGGUCUGCGUACCUCACCCGUCUGGGUAGUUGGAGACUACGGAUGCAGGUUCCCAUUGACUGGACCAAGACGUUGUUAUUUGGCAGAGACAUCUCUAGAUUCUAGGCUUAAAAUUAGGGAUUUUAAGGAUUGGACGUAGUUGUAUGGGCAGGGAUUGAAAAUGAGAGGUGCCUUUUUGUCUUCUUUUAGGAAUACACCCAAAAGAAUUUAUACAAA